AUGGCUGACCUUAUCACAACUCGACCCAAGUCGGAGAAGAAUGUCAAAUUUGCUUCUGCAACUCCCGCGCAGCGUGAGGCCGCAUGGCGCCUGAAUGGCGUCUCAUGGGCUCCUCCCAUGUCCAUCGAGGCUUACAUCGCGCGUGAGACGGCACUCUCCAAGACGGAGCUCUCAGCAAACUGUAACUACUAUGUCCUUUUUGACCCGGCUGAACCUGAGCACAUCAUCUCCUCCUGCGAGGCAACUGCGAAGACUCUCUUCGUUCGCGAAGCCUCCUCUUCGGCAGUUAGAGAGGAGAAGGCCUACGCCAUCGCUUCCGUGUACACCAACCCGUCCCACCGCGGUCACGGCAUGGCUACGCUCCUCUUGACCCGCUUGAAGGAGGCCAUGGACGCUGACUCCAAGGCGAGCGCACUAUACAGCGACAUCGGGACAGUAUACUACGCUCAGAUGGGCUGGGCCGUGUAUCCAUCCCUCCAGGUUUCGCUGAUCCUCGAUGAUACAUCGGUCGUGCAACCUACGCCACCGGAGGGUGUCCGUUACCUCUCCGCGGACGAGGUCCCCGCUCUCUGCGAGAAGGAUACGGAGUCUUUGAGGAAGAAGCUUGAGAGCCUGCCGGACGACGGCAAGACCCACGUCGCAUUUGCGCCCUCAGCCGCGCAGGCCUUGUGGCACUUCACCCGUGACGGCUUCAUGGCUAAGGAACUUGUCGGCCGCGAGGUGGUGAACCGCGGAGCUAUCACGGCCGAUGGCAAAGCGUGGGUGUACUGGGACCACGACUUCCGCGAGAAGAAGCUCAAGGUCCUCCGUGUGGCGGGUGAUCCCGAGGCUGACGUUACUGCGCUGCUGCAUGCUGCAGUGCUUGAGGCCUCAGAUUGGGGUUUGGCCAAGGUGUUGGUGUGGAACCCGGAUGAGGGCGUCUCGGCGUCGGCUAAGACGGUGAGCGAUCGGACUGAUGGCGCCGUCAGAGUGGUUUUUGACGAGAGACUUGAUGGAAGUAUACCAAGCUUGCGUUGGAAGGGCCAAGGAGAGGCUGUGUGGGAGGACAAUGAAUACUAUGCAUGGUGCUAG